GUAGAAUCAGGCAAGCAUAUUGCCGUCAUCGGAUCGGGACCUGCUGGACUGGCAGCUGCAGCGCAACUCCAUAAAGCAGGUCACCGCAUCACGGUGUAUGAACGAAAUGAGAAACCAGCCGCAGGAUUUCUACAUCCACAGAAAGAAGGCAUCAUCGAUCUGCUAGGCAUCGAGCUUGAUAAUCGUGGCAAUGUUGCUACCCAAAACUACCAAACUAAUCUUCCCCAUGUCUUUGCCGCAGGAGAUAUGCGU